AGCAGCGAGUGACAGCCAGUGCACAAGGCUGGGACACCGGGAUGGCCGGGAAGGUAGCGCUGCUCCUGUGGGGAGAAAUUUGGGAGUGAUGCCAAAACCCAAGCUCUGGUGCUGCUGUAACUAAAGAGCCACCCCCACUGGGCCCUGUCCUUUCUCCCUUCCAGCCCAGACCUUCGGCUUUGCUGGCACUCAGACCACCUGGAUCAUCGUGCAGCCCCCCUGGAUGCCAGCAGUUCUGUGGGACCGGGUGACACUGACCUGCCAGGGCUUGGGGACCUCCAGUGCCACCACCUGCUACAAGGAUGGGCGGCGCUGGGGACAGCAGGGACAUGACCGCCUCACUGUCACUGAGAAUGGCACCUAUGAGUGUAACAGAACCGGCACUGGGCUCAGCCUCCCCGUGAGAGUCUCUGAUGACUGGCUGGUGCUGCAGGUGCCGGCACGGCCACUGCUGGAGGGGGACACGGUAACACUGCGCUGCCGGGACCGGCGGAACAGCCUGGGCACCUGGGUGUCCUUCUACCAUGAGGAGAAGCAGCUGGUGGAGCUCCGAAAUGGGACAGAGCUGACCCUGUUCCCUCUCCAGCUGCACCACAGUGGGCGCUACCGCUGCAGGGGCUGGCUGAAAGACAGGGAGUGGGUGAUGUCCGCGCCGGUGACAGUGACAGUGCAUGUGGCAGCAGGGGUCGGUGGGGCCCUUUUGUUCCUGCUCCUGCUUGUGGGUGUCAUUGUGGCCUGGCACCGGUGGCACCGUGUGGCUGCCAGGAAGCAACAAGAGAGGCCUCCCCCAGAUCCAACGGCACCCCCCAAGGGGGGCAAGGUUCCAUACACCCACGGUGUGAGCAGCAAACAGGCACGGUGGUCCCCCGAUGUCACUGUCCCCCAGGAUCCCCAGGAGACCUACGUGGAGCUGUGGGGAUCCCACAGGCGACCAUGGGAACCCGGUGACAUCUACGGGAAUGUGCUGUGACACUGGGGGGAACUGGGGGGCACUGGGGAUCCCCACCCAUGGGCACACACUCGUGUGUGUGUUGCCACUAAAAACUGCCCCUCUCCCUCCCUAUGGAGGCACAAAGAUCCCAAAGGGCUGAGAGAAGAACAAUUUCCUGAAACAGCAACCAGAGAGAAUAAAACCAAAAGCAACAGUUCAGAGUCCCAAGGGUAGGAAGGAGGAAUCCUGGAAAGGUGGAGGAAACCUGCUGGGGAGAGUUUCCAGGGUUUGUUUGUUGAGGACAGGGCCCUGGACCUUCCUUGUUCGAUUGGCCAAAGUGGCCUUCAAGAGUCUCUGGAUUCUGGUGUCCCCUGUCCCAAACCCCUCCUCUGCAAUGUUCCCCACACGAGGAUGACACAAAGGCCCUGUGGACGUUCCAGAGCUUCCCCUUUGCCAGGGCAGUCGGGAUCAGGCCAUGGCACAGGGUGGGGUGUCAGAAGAAAAGUUUGAUGUCUGGAGAUGUUUUGAAACAGCUGCAUGUGGCAGGCGUGGGUCAGGCCUUGCUUUUGGAGAGACAGGACCCCGUCUGUCCAUCAGUCUGUCAGCCAUUGUACACUGGGGACAGUGUGACGCUCUGCCGAAGCCAGCUUCUGAGUGGCUGGGUGACCAGAAAUGCCAGCUGGGGAGAGGGCCUUUGGUGACCCAACUGGCUUAAAAAGCAGAGCAUGAGGUGGCCAAGACCCUGAGCAUGUGUCCUCUGGGAGUGUCUGUCCUAUCCACGCUGAAGCCCAGGAGUUGUUAAGCAUCUUGGUAUAUGGGAAAAUAUCUGCCAAGGAAAGUGGAAACCUUGCUGGAAUAAGAAGACCAGUCUCUAAAAGCAUUUUUAUUUCAAAAAUGAUGGGGCAUGCAUGCAAAAGUGUAGGAAAAGAAAUAAGAA